AUGCCACGUGCAAGUUUACCAUCCUCAUCAUCAGCUGAACAAAUCAUCUAUAACAAAAAUGAACGCAAGGUUGAAUUUGUCAAUGUUAAUAUUCCUGAAAACAAUGUUUCCAUUUUCAUUUCCAAUGUUCAAUACAUGGUGAAGUGUGAUGAGAUACAAGCAUAUUGUGAAAAGUAUUAUGGCGCUCUGCAUGAACAGAAUGGAAUUUACCAAUCGGGGCCGGGUCUGUUUUUUGUCAAAUUCAAAAAUAAACAAUCCGUUGAUUCAUUUAUGGAUGAUAGACCGAAGCAUAAAUUGGGUUUUAGGCAAUGGUCAUGUAAACGAAUGUUUGAAAAAAAUAAAUAUGAAAAUUGUCCUGGUCGAUAUCAAGUAUCAAACUUUUUAUCGAUAACAUUGCUCGAAAUCGACAAAAAUCAAGUAUUGGAUAUUGGAGUAAUAUUUCAAGCAUUUAGAGCACAAGGUCGAAUUAUAUCAGUUAAAGAGCAAGAAAAAUCAACAAAAUUUAUCGUUGAAUUCGACGAUUAUGAUACCGUGGAUAAAAUUUUGCUGGAAAAUACAGACAGAAACAAAAUUAUCCUAAAUAUUCCAACAAAGUUAGAAAAACAUCUGGAGAAAGUCACAUCAACGGAAAAUAGUGGAAAUAAAGAAAGCAGGCAAUUGGAAGCAGAAUUACAUCAUUUACGCCUGGGUAAUCAUGCGUUAAGAAGAAGAGAAGAAAGACUUGAAGAAGAAAUAAAAUAUUUACGUCGUAAACGUGAAAUGACGACUAACGAAGUUUCAGAUCACGAUAUUAGAACAGAAUGUGAUGAUCUCAUGGUUGUUGAUCGUGAUAACACUAGUUGUUCGAUUAAUGGAACUAUUGUUCGUAUUAGAUUGGAACAUUUUAUGGCAUAUGAUUCACAGGAGAUGUAUCCUGAUCCUGGAUUGAAUAUGAUUAUUGAAUCGGAUGGCAGCGGGAAAUCAUCAUUACUUUGCGCAAUACAUCUAGCUUUAUGUGGUUCAAUCGAUACAAGUGAUAGUGCGCAAAAUGUUAGCGAAUACAUUAAAAGUGGUUGUGAAAAAGCGACAGUUGAAAUUGAAUUGUAAGUUAUAGCAUCUUUUGUAGCACAAUAAAAACGUUUCUAAUUUACACCUUGCGGUUUGUAAUAGACUAAAUGCUGACAAUGGUGCCAACUGGAUCAU